UUCGUGUGACGUCUUCGUACUGUCACCCCGCCCGCCCCCAACAUGGCUGCUGCAAUGGCGGAGCAGGAUGGCUCCAAAGGUAGUGCCCGAAACCGGGGCGGGGUACAGCGGGUGGAAGGAAAGCUGCGAGCCAGUGUGGAGAAGGGCGAUUACUACGAAGCUCACCAGAUGUACAGAACACUUUUCUUCAGGUAUAUGUCACAGAGCAAGCACAUAGAAGCAAGAGAAUUAAUGUAUUCCGGGGCUCUCCUCUUCUUCAGCCAUAGUCAACAAAACAGUGCUGCUGAUCUGUCCAUGCUUGUGCUGGAAUCUCUGGAGAAGCAUGAAGUAAAGGUGACAGAGGAGCUCUUAGAAAAUCUGGCCAAAUUGUUUAGCUUGAUGGAUCCAAACUCUCCUGAAAGAGUUGCUUUUGUCUCCCGAGCAUUAAAGUGGUCUAGUGGUGGAUCUGGCAAAUUUGGUCACCCAAAACUACAUCAGUUUUUGGCCAUCACAUUGUGGAAAGAACAAAACUACUACGAAUCCCGUUAUCACUUUCUGCACUCAUCUGAUGGGGAAGGCUGCGCCAAUAUGUUGGUAGAAUAUUCCUCAACCAGGGGGUACCGGAGCGAAGUGGACAUGUUUGUGGCGCAAGCAGUCUUGCAAUUCCUGUGCUUAAAGAACAAAACUAGCGCGUCUGUGGUGUUCACAACAUAUACACAGAAGCACCCGUCUAUAGAAAGGGGGCCUCCAUUUGUGCAACCCCUAUUAAACUUCAUUUGGUUCUUACUGCUGGCCGUAGAAGGAGGGAAGUUAACUGUAUUUACGGUGUUGUGUGAGCAGUAUCAGCCUUCUUUAAAGAGAGAUCCAAUGUAUAAUGAGUAUCUGGAUAGGAUAGGACAGCUUUUCUUUGGUGUACCUCCGAAACAGUCUUCGUCUUAUGGGGGGUUAUUGGGUAACCUACUGAACAGCCUGAUGGGCUCUGGGGAAGACGACGAUGUGGAAGACGGCCAAGAAGACAGCAGUCCCAUUGAAUUGGAUUGAGAAAGAGAAGCGAGCGAUUCAAUAGGAGCUGCAUGAUUAAAAACAGGAGCUCAAAAGACCAAUUCUAUGAUUUGCAUCUUUGAAGGGUUAUUUUGUAAGCAGCCACGAUGAGCUGUGUUUGUAUCCCGCUGAUGGGUAAAUCAUGUUAAAGAGCCAGAUGGAAGCAGCCCGGUGCGUAUCGGAGAUCUUUCCCCUCGAGCCUUUGCAAAUGGCAUGUGCAUUUUACUGUGAAGCACACACACAGUUUCCCAACAUGCCAAAGCCAAGCAGAUCAAUAUAGAAAAUCCCUUCACUUUGAGUUUGGCAUCUCGUUCCAUCAUCUUCUCUGUCACUUUUUGGUGAUUGAGGAUUUUUAGAUGUAAGUUAUGUGUACGCCCAUACUAUCAUUGUCACCUCCCACCUUCUCCUCGUCUCACUACAGGAAAUCAAGCGUCUCCCUGCGGUCCUCCAAGCACCCCUGUACCACCGCUCCCAGUGUCUUCCAGCAGGAAGAAGGAUGGGAGUUGUUGUUCAGCAAUGGCUAGAAUGCCACAGGUCACAUGGUUGGGACUCCAGCAAUUCUGUUUGGUGUGUCAGCAAGUAUUCUUGUGUUGUUCUCCCUGGGAUCCAGUGUAUAUGUGUGUGUGUGAGUGUGCGAGUGGUACUUUCGCUUCUUAGAUACAAAACCAAGAGAAACUUCACCUAGAACAUUAUUUAAAUACAAAGGACAUUCUUUUAAUAUUUUGCAAUAUUUAUUACCGGUAAAGGUGAUUUUUGUACAUUUAAUCCCCAUAAGUUUCUUUACUAUGCCAGUGGGUCACAGUGGCAAGGAAAUGUACUAUUUUAUGUGUUAGAGAUAGCAUUUAAGAGCCCCUGCUGAUACCAAGCGGCAGGUUGUAUCAUAUGAUUUAGGAAUUAUGGGAAGUGAUUUUUGUUUUUUUUAUUUCCUGUGAAAAUCCAGUAAAGAUCUGCAUGGGGACUGGUAGCCAGCUUCUAUUCACUGUAAUAUUAACUGAUGGGAGGAGGUACUCUGCUUGUAUUAAGGCUCAAAUAAACACUUUUGAUCAUGA